CUUUUCGACAUUAAUUAAUCAUUAAAUUAAAUAGCCAUUACUUAUCUAGAUAUUAUUGAUAAAGUGAAAAAAAAAUACCUGGUGACAGUUAAAUGUUUGAUUUAUAAGUCAGACCAUCAUACUGUGAAUUCAUUAUCACUUGAGGCCUUGAAGCAACAACAUUACUACCAUGUUGGUCUCUACGCUAGUGUUGGUCAUCUUACCACUUUUGCAUAAUGCUCAAGCCCAACAGGGUAAAUUUAGCGGUGACGCAGCAGUGAUAACAGCCCCUCCGGAACUAUCAACACCCCAUAUGGCAGCUUCACUGGAUAUUGCAAGAAAUGUCUCAGCUGCAUUUCCUUCCGAUGUUGUUGUCCCUAUUCAUACUGCAACACAAGUGACUCCCUCUUAUACUAACCCACCACCUACUUCAGCACCAAAUAAUGGACGAACUACUCAACCAACAUCGGCGCAGUCUCAAUACACAAUGCCACCUUAUAUUCCCCCGUGUUGGACGCAUCCGACUACAACGACAACAGUAAAGCCACGUUACACAACUACGCCAUCUACGACACCUUACGUUCCCCCGUGUUGGACACAUCCCACUACAACGACAACAGCGAAGCCUCAUUAUACAACUACGCCAUCAACGACACCUUACGUUCCCCCAUGUUGGACACAUCCCACUACAACCACUACAACGACAACAGUGAAGCCUCGUUACACAACUACGCAAUCGACGACACCUUACGUUCCCCCAUGUUGGACACAUCCCACUACAACCACUACAACGACAACAGCAAAGCCUCGUUACACAACUACGCAAUCAACAACACCUUACGUUCCCCCGUGUUGGACACAUCCCACUACGACGACAACGGUAAAGCCUCGUUACACAACUACGCAAUCAACGACACCUUAUGUUCCCCCGUGUUGGACACCCACGACCACGACGACUACCGCGAAGCCAUCCGUAACCACACCAUAUGUUCCCCCCUGUUGGAACCAAAGAUCACAGACCACAACCCAAUCUACCCCAACAACUGGCCCAACCACCACAACGGAGCAUGGACCACAAUACGUCUGUGCACAAAGAAAUCACUUCUAUCCAAUUCCGACCGAAUGCAACACUUAUAUAGAAUGCAAGGACAAUGUAGCCAGCAAGCAGAUUUGCCCGGCGGGUCACGUAUUUAAACCGGACGUACUUUGGCCAGCUAAUCCCUGUGUUAGUUCCGCUGAAUACAAGUGCACACAUGGCUAUGUGCUAGAGGAUAUCCCGACAAAUAUCUGCCCCGGGUCAAAAUAAGAAACAAGUUUCUAAACUUUGAAAGGGCACAAACAUGUCACUAUCUGAUAUUUUAAUUUUUAAUGUAUUUUUCUGUGUCAAAAAUACAUAUAUGUUUCUAAUUUUAAAAUAUUGUUGUCAUGAACC